AUGCAACGUUUUAAUUAUCCUUACUGGUGUCAGGUCUUGACGUUAGAAGAAUCUUGCUAUCCCGACGACACUACAUCCGAGAGCCAUGCGGUGACAAAGUACAUUAUAGUGCAUCCGAUAAAAAGACCUCUCGGAUAUAAAGAUGAAAGUGGUAAGUGGCACGGAAUUACAGGACAAGUUGCCACCCAGGAAGCAGAUGUGUCCUUUGUACCUGCAUCCGUCAAUCACGAACGCUUCUCUGCAAUGGAGUUUACGUCAGUUUUAGCUUUUUAUCCUGUAGUUUUUCUUAUUAAAGCUCCUGAUAAGGUUUUUGAUUGGAAUUCUGUUACGAAGCCUUUUACCUUAUAUGUUUGGAUCGCUAUAUUUUCUAUUGUAUUGUUAUUUGGACUAACGCUAUAUAAAGUGCUAGAAAAGGACUUUAUCGCUGCAAAAACAGGAAAACGAUGGACUCUAUGUACAGUUUUUUGGAAUUUAGUUUGUACAUUUCUUAGUCAAGGAUUGAAUCUAGAAAAAGUGAAAAGAUUUGCGUCCAGAUUCAUGAUAGGAAUUUGGUUGUUAUCGAUUCUUGUUUUGGUGUCCAGUUACAGCGGGGCGUUAAUGUCUUUUAUGACAUGUCCGUUAACUGAGCCUUUUCCAAGAGAUUUUCAGGAACUUGCUGUUUUUGUCCGCAACGGUGAGUACUCAUGCGGAACAUACAAGGGAUUUGUUAUUUGGAAAGACAUGAUGGAAUCGAGGUCGAAAAAUAUUGAAAUUUUACGUAAAAACAUUCUGUCGAAUAAUAACUUUAUGGCCUUUGCACAAGGCAUUAAAAAAACGCAAAAUGAACGAUUUGCAUACAUAAUGACUAAAAUUGUGUUAAAUAUGUACAUCAGUAAAGCGGAAAGGCAUAAAUAUGUGAUGUCGAAAGAUUCUUUUUGUUCAUAUAAUAACGCUUUUCCGAUCAGAAAGAAUUUUCCAUUUAAAAAGGAUAUAUCGAACACAAUAACACGCAUGUUUGAAGCUGGACUUUCUGAGAAAUUGUUUCCUCAAGACGUCGAAGAAUUCGAAGAAGAAUCAGAAUUCCAACCGUUGUCAAUCGAAGAUAUUAAAAGUCCUUUGUUACUUAUGGGCAUUGGAUAUCUAGUGUCGUUAAUCUGCUUAAUCAUUGAAAUAAUAUUAACCAAAGUAAUUAAAAUUGUUAACCGUAAUCCAUCUUACUAAUGUAAAAUUAUAGAAUUUAACUAUUAUAAUAAUUUUGCUGAUUAUUGCAACAC